AAAAGGAGCGCGAAGCGCUCCUUUUGCUUCCUGUGCUCAAGGCACAAUGGGUGUGGGACUAGUAGUUCUCUGCAGAAUGGGGAGCUGAAUUCGUGCCUUUCUUCGGAUCACUCAUCUCCAAGGAGCUCAAGUAGUAAUACUCGAUCACCAGCGUUGAGACGUUGAUACUGAGUAUUAGCGGAUUAUCACUUACCUACAACCUACGAUGACCAACUCGAAGGAAGUAGGUCCGCAUCCGUCUCGAUGGCGCAAGUUCCUCCAGUACAUUGAGGUACCUACUGAUCCUGGAAUUCCCAAUACACCAUGGAUUAACCGCGACCUCAUCCCCAUGCCCAAAGAGCGCCGCACAUAUAAGAUAUGGUCCUACUUCAUCUACUGGUGCAUUUCUGGUCUCUGCAUCUCAGGAUAUGCGGCGGGCAGCACAUUACUCGCGUACGGCCUAGAUGCGCGACAGGCUAUCGUGUCCCUCGUCAUCGGAGGUCUCAUUGUUGGAGUGCUUUGUGUCGCCUGCGGGUGGAUGGGAGAGAGACAUCACAUAGGUUUUACUGUAGCGUGCAGGUUCAGCUGGGGCAUGCGAGGCGCCUAUUUUCCUGUCAUCAUUCGCGCUUUUGUGACCAUCUUCUGGGAUGGCCUCCAGGCCUACUGGGGUGGACAAGCUGUUGCGGUAACAAUCGGCGCUAUUAUUCCUGGAUUUGCCCACAUGAAACAGACGUUAGCGGGAGGAAUCUUGUUUACCAAGGACUUCAUAGGCAUAAUCAUUUACUAUGUGUUCUUCAUCGCAACAAUGCGCAUCCCUCCCGAGCGACUCCAGAGACCAUUCAUAGUCUCGUCUGUCAUGUUCGGCGGCACCUUGAUCGGACUUCUUGCUUGGGCGGUCUCGAACACGCAUUCGGGUGGUUCCUUGUUCCAAGAGCAAUCCAGUCCCGUUCACGGUGGAACGGGAUGGGCCAUGUUAUUCGGUAUCACCGCGAUUCUCGGCGCAUGGGGUGGUGGGACCCUCGGUCAAAGCGACUGGACUCGCUAUGCCAACCGGCCAUAUGCGCCCUCGCUAUCUCAGCUCAUCGCCGCUCCAUUUUGCAUCAUUGUAUGUGCCACGAUCGGCAUCAUCGUCACGUCAUGCGCCCAAGAAAUUGUAGGGAGCCUGAUUUGGGAGCCUUUCCUGCUUCUCGCAACUCUGCAGGAUUACUAUCAUGACUCACCAAGAGUUCGUGCUGCGAUUUUCUUUGCCGGACUCGGUUGUGUAUGUGCCCAGCUCGGUAUUAGCAUUGUUCUCAACUCUGUGAGCGCCGGGAUGGAUCUUUCGGGUGUCGUACCACGCUAUAUCAACAUCAGGAGGGGUGCUUACUUGCUUGCCUUUCUGGGGCUAGCUUCGAACCCUUGGCAAUACCUGUCUAAUGCUUCAACUUUUCUGACCGUGAUAUCUGGCUUCGGAAUAUUCUUCGCUCCCUUUUCUGGGAUCCUUCUUGCCGACUACUUCGUAGUAAGGAGAUGCGUGAUCAAGCUCGAGGACUGCUACAUCGGCGACAAACGCUCUAUUUACUGGUACCGCAACGGCAUCCACUGGCGUGCCCCGCUUGCCUGGGUGCUUGGGGUCUUCCCAACUAUGCCUGGGCUAAUCAUGACAACCCGCGACGCGACUGCGUGGAAUGUGUGGGUGCGCAUUUUCCAUAUUGCGUUCUUCGUCGGUCUUUUGAUAUCAUUCAUCACAUUCUCGGUGAUUUGUUGGGUCUCACCCCCUGGAAAUGUGGGUAUUGGAGUAUUGUAUCACGAGGACAGUGGUUUUGAAGCAGAGGGUGAGCCGGAGACCGAGAAGGAUGAACCAGUCUAGGACUGGCAUAGAUCAUGGUUUAUUCUGCAAGCCUACCAUAUUCAAAGACACAAUGGCCCUCAUGUCGAUCCACCAAAAUGUGUUGUAGACUGAGGACUGCGACCCAAGCUAACAAGUUCUUCAAUGGUGGGCAUCAC